CGCUACUCCAGUGGUCCGCCGGAUCAAAUCUUCUCUCUCCGAGACCGUUCCUCUUCUCCGAGAAGCUUCCCGGAACUCCGGUCGCGACCUCCUCCUAUGGACUCGCCGCGGCUCUCCUCUCCGGGCCCUCCUUGUUGUCUGUGCCGGGAAUUAUGAUGAUUGGCUGACUUUGAUAGAAAUUUCGUCAAUGAGGAUUACGUGAUAUGUAAAAUUUGAUGUUUUACCAACAGCUGCAAUUUUUUUCUUUUGAUUUGAAGAUAAUUCUCUGAAUUCACGUUCAUUGUGGCCAAAGAUAUGCUUUGUGAUCUUUCCAUUUUCUUGUAAACCUUGUGAGGAAAGGUAAAGACCUUAAUUAUAUUUACCUUUUCCUGAAUGGUACGGGAAGGCCCAAAGAUUGGGAAAUCUUGAGUAGGAAGGGAUGCCCAUUGUGCAAAUGAGAGUUCUCUGUUAACACUGUUGAACUGAUUUCUUGCUGGAAAUCUUGUUGACUAACCUGAUUGUGGAUCUUUCCUAGAUUACUAAUUAGAUUAACUAACUGAACUUAGCUUCACUGAUUAUGGAUUGAACAGAACUAAAAGCCUCAGUAACCUUUGGACAAUAGUAAAAAGUUCUGGCAUCAAUAACUUUAUCGUCUGUGUUGUUCAUGUUGUAAAAUAUUGAUAUUUCAAAUGGUCCAUUGGUCCAUAGAGUGCAUUGGUCCCACUUUCGAACGGUCAUUGUUAGAAUUUGCAUUAGUUAGUAUCAAUUCUCGGUAGAAGAUGUUAAAUGUAGUUAGAAGUAAGUUUACAUUUUAUGUUUUAUGAGUUUAAAAUGUAACGGAACUAACUUUCUUAAAGUUAGUACUGAUAGCCCUUUAUCUUUAUUCUAUUUACAUUUAAGUCCCAAUUUUGUAACCGCCUUUAUCACUUAUAAAUAGAGACGGGUAGGUUCUUAGGGGAUAUGGUUUUUCAGCAUUCAUUUUCAUUUUGUUGUAUCUUGCGCGGGCUCUAGAGAACUGAGAGAGAGCAUCAGCUCGGUCCUUUGUAUUCUCGAGAGGGAGGCUAUUGUUUAUAGUCUAAGGGUGCGCAAGAGGGAGAGGGAGUGCUGUAAUCUUGAUUGUGCUUCUAGUGGAUUUUGUCUCGGUCACUGAUAGUCUGGAUGUAGGGCAUUUCAUGCCUGAAUCAGGAUAAGUUCUUGCCUCUUUUAUCUUUCUGUUAUUGCUGUGUUUUGUUCUGAUUUCUAUUAUCCUAUUACAGUUUUCUAUUGGGUGAGUGUUGGUUGUGGAAAAGUGAUAGUUUUUGUGUGAAUAAUCAGUCCUAGAUUCAACAGUCAUAUUAUAACGGCCAUAUUCUCUAUCUAUAAAAGGCAACCCUUCCUGCACUUGUGAGAUAGAUAACGAGCAAGCCUUCUCUCAUUCUUUUCUCUGUUUACACUUUGCCUUGCACCUACUGUCUGACUGUUGCUGGGUUCCCACAUUAUAUCUUGCUCUCAAUUUGUUCCCAAAUCGUGUGCACAUUAUAUCUUGCUCUCAAUUUGUUCCCAAAUCAUGUGAGUGCACACGUAUUUGGAAGGGCUCAUUGCAUCCUAGGGGAUAACCACUUUGUCUCUUGCACCGAUUGUGAGCGGUGGAAAUUAUCCUUAAGGUCAGUGACAUCUGUCACGCCUCGAGUCUAAUACACCACCUGUCCACCAAAGUUCAUUAUUCCCAACAAUCUUAAGGAUAAAAUGGACACCUCUUUCCAUAUCGCCGCCGUCAACCGUGCAGUUGUUGAUCCUACCCAAGCCGCUGGCGCUAUCGCAGUUGCUCAUGCCGCUACCUCUACCGGUGUUGCCGCUGCCACCAACCAUGCUAGUGGGUCAUUGUCGCCCACUACCCAUCCUGUGCUUCCUUCCAUUCCACCUAUGCAAUAUGCAAAGCCGUUUCUUGACGCGUCCAAGAUCGAGCUAUUCGAUGGAAACAACUUCAAAAGAUGGCAAGAACAGGUAUAUUCAAUCCUUGAUGUACACGGUGUGGUGUAUGAACUUAGUGAAUCCAAGCCUAAUGAAGCUAGUGUUGAUGCCAAGUUGGUGGAUCAUUGGACAUAUGCAAAUAAGGUAUGUAGGCACAUGAUAAUCAAUACUUUGUCUAAUGAAUUAUUUGAUGUCUAUUGUCCCUAUAAGGAAGUAAAGAAAAUUUGGGAGUUCAUGAAUGUUAAGUAUACAACUAAAGAUGUGGGCAAACAAAAGUUUGUGAUUGGAAAAUUCUAUCGAUGGGAAAUGGUGGAUGACAAGGAGAUCAAAUGUCAAAUCAACGAGUACUACAAGCUCUUGGAAGACUUGAAAGCUGAAAAGAUUGUAUUGCAAGAAGAAUUUGCAGCCGGCCUACUCAUUGAAAAAUUGCUUGAAUCAUGGAACAACUACAAGAACCAACUCAAGCACAAGCACAAACAACUAUCACUCGAAGACCUAGUCAUACACAUCAUCAUUGAAGAAACAAACCGCAAAGAGCUACAAUCUGCGAUGGCAAAGGAGAUGGCACACAAGGCACUUGGUACAAGGUUGGGACAAUUGCUCUUUUGCUGUUGACAGGACUGGCAGUCUUUAUGCUUUUCUUUCUGGCAGCAACUGUCAAUGCAGUUGUAAUUUCUCUCCUCAUGUGUUUAGCAGCAGUAGGGGGUUUCUUGGCUAUUUUCUUUGCGUGUGUG